AUGUACAGUCGCAAAUUGGAUCGAAUGUAUCAUCCGCCCUCAAAUCUGGAUAGAUACGACAAUGAGGAAUAUAUGAAGAACCCGUUGCUAAAAUUUCGUUUAGCCGAUGUAUAUGAAAGACGACAUCAUAUGUUUUUAAAAUAUCGGGCAGCCGAGGUAAAAAUGAAAUUAUCACGUAAACUUCUACCGUCCGAAGCCGACAUACGCUAUUUGCCCGAAUCUCAUUAUGUGGACAACUUGCGGAGAUGUGUGCGCAAAAUUGUGGUUCCAAAAAUGUUAACGAAAACCGAAAAACAAAUACUAAGCUAUGCACCCAAACAUUUGAAACAAAAACUGCCAGAACUAGUCAAGUCGUAUAUGAAAGAUGUUCACGAUGAGUUUGACCGUUUAAUGAAAAUUUAUAGCAUGAAAAGUAUUUUAGUUAAACCCGAAUUGCCUGGCGAAGAUCCGGCCGAAUUUGAUUUACCAAAGGCCGACUUUAGAUUUUCGCUACCGGGAAAAACCGAAAAUUAUGCGAAAUUUGUUCAAAACCGCAAGAGAAUAAAACAGCGUUUACUAAUCUUGCACGUGCCCGUAAGAUGUGUGUUAAAUUCUAGCGAACUAGAAUUUCCCGAAUUGUUAAUUGCAUUUGAUCCGUUGCAAUUGAAAAUGACUCAGGCUGCCUCCGUACAAAUGGGUUUGGGUCACAGAGAAUGUAUUUCUCACAAGACACUGCUGAAAUAUUGUCGCACUUCGUUGGACAAUAACAAUACAUAUUUGAGAUGGACUUGGUAUCCAAAGUUUAUAUGCAGCAUAAGACGCAUGUAUAAAAAGCGGGUUUUAAGUCCCAAAUUAUGGCCACCGACAUUUCUGUGUAUUGAAGGACUCAUCAACAGGCAGCUGAAUAAUUUAAAACAGAGGACUCUAUUGGAACUGCUGAAAGUUUGUGCCAAUGAACGAAAAAUGCCAAUGCUACGCUUGAAUUUAGUGUGUUACGAUGAAGACGACAGCAUUGAUAUAAGUCCCAGCAUUGAGGAAAUACUGGAAGUCUAUGAGACUAUAGCUAGGGAGAUUGCCGACGUGGGUAAUCGAAUGGAACCCAUACAACCGCAAAUAGAUGCUUCAACAGUUAGCCAGGCGGCCGAGUAUUUACGCAUAAAUCUCAAUCUUAAUUACCUCAACGAAUACAUCGACCAAUUAAGAGGUGUUAUCGUGAAAACCUACAAACCGAUACAACAGUAUUUGGUAAAAUACCAACAAAAAUAUUACAGUCUCUACAGCCAAACAGUAAUUGAUGAUUUGAAUGAGUUUUUGUCCGAACCGCGAGCUUUUGAGGAAUAUUUUACUAAAAUAGACUCCUAUUUUGAAUACAUUAAUUUGUUGCGCAGCGAACCGAGACAGGAUUUCUUCGUUUUGGCCAUUAUAAACAAUGAGCCCGCCAUCAGACGCCUUCGCCAAAUAGCUGAUGGUUUAAUUGCCCGCAUAACAUCCGAAAUAACCAAGCAGCACAUAAAAACCGAAUUAGAUAUUUGUAAUGAAUUUAAAUACAUCAAAGAUAGAGCUUUGGAAAUACCUAAAACCACCGAAGAGCUUUUGGCCGCCGCCGAAUAUAUGAUUUUUGUUAAGAAAGAGAAACUCUUCGAACUGAGAAAUCGCAUACAAUAUUGCCUGAAAAUUGGCACAAAUCUGGUCGAGUUGUGUGAGAUGUCUCCAUAUCACUUUGAUUUGACCAUCACCACCAUUAGUUGGUUGUAUGACAUCAAUGAAAUUUGUGAUUAUAAUGCCUCUCAGCAGGAAAAUUACAAGUGUCUGUUUGAGGAGCACUUGCAGGAAGUGGUUAAGAAACUAAAUGAAGAUAUUGAAGAAUUAAUACCAAAAAUAACCAUUAUUAAUGACAUGAGUGAUCCGAAAAAGUUUAAAGAAUACUACAUAAUGCUGCAGAAUUUUAUAGACCAAUUGAAAAUAUUUGAUGACUACGUGGCCUGGAUUAAUAAGGAGGAAAAGCUGUUUAAAAUUCCACAAACCAUAUAUCCAACACUGGAAGUUUUGAAGACAUUCGUUUAUCCGUUUGCAACGUUAAUGAAAUUAUGCAUAAAUUGGAUGCGUUAUCAUAGUGUUUGGUUGGAUGGUCCGUUUGAGUAUUUGGAACCGAAAUUUGUCGAACUCACCACCGAUAAUUAUCUUAAAGAAUUCCAAAAGAAUCAAAAAUACUAUAGGCAAAAAAUAAAACAAGAUUUAAUCGAUAAUCCCAUCUGUAAAUUUAAGGGCCAAACUGAAGAUCCCGAUCCAGAGAAUCAUCCUGUCCCCUUGAGACUCUGUAACAAAAUGAUACAGUCGAUUAAAGAUUUUACCACGGGCGUAUUUAUUGUGAAUAACAUGUGUAAUCCCGCCCUAAGAAAGCGUCAUUGGAAGGAAAUGUCGGAAAUAGCGGGAUUUGAUAUAACACCGGAUGCUGGAACCACUUUAAGGAAAAUCUUAAACUAUAAAUUGGAUUCAAAAUUGGAUCAGUUUGAGAUAAUAAGUGUAGGUGCUAAUAAAGAGUUGCAGCUAUGGAAUGCCCUGCAGUCCAUGAUACACGAGUGGGAUAAUAAGAUAUUUCCAACGGGACCUUAUAAGGAAACAGGAGUACAGAUUCUAUCUAAUCUGGAUGAUAUACAAGCUCUAUUGGAUGACCAUAUAUUAACAUGGUAUGACAAAAUAAAAAGAGUAAAUGAAACAUUAGACCAGUGGGGCAAAGUACAAGCUAAUUUCCUAUAUUUGUUGCCCAUAUUCUCUUCAAAGGAUAUAGUGGCUCAAAUGCCUGAAGAAGGAAGGCUGUUUUUGAUUGUGGAGCAAACAUUUACCCGCAAUAUGGGCAUGAUACUGAGACAACCCUUAGUUAUGGAAACUGCACCCGCAUCCGGAUUACUCGAGUCCCUGGUCAAAGCAGUGGAACUUUUGGAUGAUAUCACAAAUGGCGUUAACAACUAUUUGGAAAAGAAAAGAUUGUAUUUUCCUCGUUUCUUUUUCUUAUCUAAUGAUGAAAUGUUGGAGAUUUUAUCGGAAACCAAAGAUCCCUUAAGAGUUCUACCCCAUUUAAGUAAAUGUUUUGAAGGCAUUAAUAGCUUGGAAUUUGAUGAAAAGAAAAAUGUUUUAUCUAUGAUAAGUGGUGAUAUGGAAAUUGUUCCAUUCGUGGAACAAGUGUCUACCGCUGCAGCGGGUGGCAGUGUCGAGAAAUGGCUCCUGGGUGUGGAAUCUGAAAUGUUAAAGGCUGUGCGUGAACAAAUGGGAAUGUCAUUUGACCACUAUCCCAAAGUAGAGAGAUCUGAAUGGGUGCUAUAUUGGCCACAAAUGGUGGCAUUGUGUGUAUCACAAAUCUAUUGGGCAGCGAAUGUCCAUAUUAACCUAAGGAAGUCGGUAACAGAUUCUCAGGCAAUGAACAAUUUCUUUUCAGAAUUAACCUCCGAUUUGCAUCAGAUUGUGAGUUUAGUUAGAUCUACCGAAAUAAGUAAUUUAAAUCGCAUCACUAUCAAGUCUCUAAUUGUCAUUGAUGUUCAUGCCAAAGAUGUGAUCGAAGAACUCAUACGUUUGAAAAUAAACAGUGAGUAUGAUUUUCAAUGGAUGUCCCAGUUGCGCUACUACUGGGAAGAAGGUGACAGUUGGGUAAGAAUCAUCAAUGCGACUGUCCCAUUUGCCAAUGAAUAUUUGGGCAAUUCGGAUCGUUUGGUUAUAACACCCUUAACAGAUCGUUGUUAUCGCACCUUAGUAGGAGCUUAUCAAUUACAUUUAAAUGGAGCUCCCGAGGGACCAGCAGGUACGGGUAAAACUGAAACCACCAAAGAUCUAGCGAAAGCUUUGGCAGUUCAGUGUAAAGUAUUCAAUUGUUCCGACGGCCUGGAUUACAAAGCAAUGGGUAAAUUCUUUAAAGGUUUAGCUUCCAGUGGAGCUUGGGCCUGUUUUGAUGAAUUUAAUCGUAUCGAAUUAGAAGUACUUUCUGUGGUGGCCCAACAAAUAUUGUUAAUUGUCCAAGCCGUACGUGCCAAUGCUGUUAAAUUCGUAUUUGAAAAUACCGAAUUAACUUUAAACCCUUCAUGUUACGUAUGUAUAACUAUGAAUCCAGGCUAUGCUGGACGUUCCGAGUUACCGGACAAUUUAAAGGUAUUAUUCCGAUCCGUGGCAAUGAUGGUGCCAGAUUACGCAAUGAUUGGCGAAAUAUCUCUUUACUCCUAUGGUUUUGUGGAUGCCCGUAAAUUGGCGGUUAAAAUUGUUACCACUUAUCGUUUAUGUUCCGAACAAUUGUCAAUGCAAAAUCAUUAUGAUUACGGCAUGAGAGCAGUGAAGACUGUACUCUCCGCCUGUGGCAAUAUUAAAAAACAAUUUCCGAAUGAACUGGAAGAUAUUUUGCUGCUACGAUCUCUCAUUGAUGUUAAUUUACCAAAAUUCAUGUCUUUUGAUAUUCCCCUCUUUGAGGGUAUAAUAUCAGAUAUUUUCCCAGGCAUUACCCUACCCACCAUUGAUUAUUCACUUAUCGAAGCGGAGUUUAAGAAGUUUUGCAAAGAAAUGGUCUUGGAGCCAACUGAGAGUUUCCUCACGAAGGUAAUACAGACAUAUGAAAUGAUAAUAGUGCGACAUGGCUUUAUGUUGGUGGGAGAACCUUUAGCGGGUAAAUCUAAAACAUUGGAAAUAUUGGCAAAGAUUUUGUCGGCUUUAAAAAUUAAGGCUCCCGGAAAGAGUCCAUAUUUCCAACAUGUACAAAUGGGCAUUAUGAAUCCAAAAUCAAUAACAAUGAAUCAAUUGUAUGGUUCAUUUGAUCCAGUUUCAUAUGAGUGGACUGAUGGUUUAGUUGCUCGUAUAUUUAGAGAUUUUGCCAUGACUCCAACACCAGAUAGAAAAUGGGUCAUAUUUGAUGGACCUGUAGAUGCGGUUUGGAUUGAAAAUAUGAAUACUGUACUAGAUGACAAUAAGAAACUGUGCUUAACAUCGGGCGAGGUAAUAACCAUGACCAAAGAAAUGUCCAUGAUUUUCGAAGUCAUGGAUUUGGCACAGGCUUCACCGGCCACUGUAUCACGCUGUGGCAUGAUCUAUAUGGAACCCAGCACACUAGGUUGGCAAGCUUUUGCAAACACUUGGCUUAAGAAUUCCGAUAAUAGAUGGGCUGAUGAGGAGACAAUACCAUAUGUUAAAGCCUUAUUUAGUUGGCUAUUGGAACCAUGUCAAGAAUUUGUUCGCAAAAAUUGCAUUCAAUACUUAAAGCCAGGAGAAUACAAUUGUCUUACAACCACCUUCGAUUUAUUUGAAAUGUGUAUUAAUGAGGCAGUCGAGGAAAAUCCCGAAGACUAUCAGAAAUAUUUGCCAAUGUAUUUCCAGGCAGCCAUAAUAUUUUCGUUGAUUUGGGGCGUGGCUGGUAUAUUAGAUACAAGGUCCAGGGAAAAGUUUGAUGCAUUCUUAAGAAAGCAUUGGGCUGAUGAGGAAAAUAUUCCCUCAAUUAUAGGAAAAUUAGAAAUUGCCAUACCAGUUGAGGGACUUUUAGUGGACUAUAUAUACAUUUUUAAACAACGUGGAGCUUGGCGUUCAUGGCCUGAUAUUGCUAAACGUAUGGAGGUAGAGGAAACAUCAUUAGGAGUUCAGGUUCCCACCGUGGAUACGGCUCGUUACAUGCACUUACUGAAAAUGCAUAUUGAUCAUAAAAAGAAAAUUUUACUGGUUGGUCCUACAGGAACCGGUAAAAGUGUUUAUAUACAGAAUUAUCUAAUGAAUCGACUAAAUAACGAAAACAAUGAAUCGGCAUUUAUGACAUUCACAGUUAUGAUUACCGCUAAUCAAACUCAGGAAUUGUUAAUUUCCAAGCUUCAAAAGUGGAAACGAGGUAUCUAUGGUGCACCAAAAGGCAAAAAUACUGUACUCUUUGUGGAUGAUAUGAAUAUGCCCAUUAAGGAGGAAUAUGGUGCCCAGCCACCUUUGGAACUUCUACGACAAUAUUUCGAUUAUGGCCACGUUUACGAUCUUAAAGACAGCUCCAAAAUAUUUAUACACAAUGUGAUAUUUGUCAGUGCUUGCGGUUUACCAGGCGGAAGUCGACAAGAUGUUUACCCUCGUUUUUUGAAUCACUUCAAUAUUUUUGCAAUAGACACAUUUAGUGAUGACACCAUGAAUCGUAUAUUUGUUAAUGUUUUACUAAAUGGUUUUCGGAAGACGGGCCAUGGCAACGAUGUCUUUGUGGUGGUCAAUCAAAUCGUUUCGGCCACACAACAGAUCUACAAAAUGGUACAAAGUGAAAUGAGAGCCACUCCAGCUAAGAGUCAUUAUAUAUUUAAUCUGAGAGACAUAUCCCGCGUAGUAACGGGUUGUUCUCUAAUGCGCAAGGAGUCUGUCAAUGAUAAAAAGGUGUUUGUACGUUUGUGGUAUCACGAAGCUUUGAGAGUGUUUUAUGAUCGCUUAGUGGAUGAUGACGAUCGAAAGUGGAUGUUUAACAAAUUGAAUGAAUGUGUUAAAGCAAAUUUCAAAGAAAAAUUAGAAACUGUGUUUGAACAGUAUUGUAAUGAAACGGGCGGCGCUAGUGAAGCGUCAUUCACUUUGGAUAAUGCAAGUCGUGUAUUUUUCGGUGUGUAUUUCGAUGAAGAUAGUGUGGCCGAUGAGAGGAGAUACGAUGAGGUUCCUACCAUGUCUACCCUUUUUAAAUUGGCCAUGAUAAGUCUGGAUGACUACAACUCCACAAGAAGAUCCAAAGUGGAUAUAACACUAUUUACCUUCGCCUUGCAACAUUUGAAUCGUAUAUGUCGCAUUAUUUCCAUCGGAGGGGCCAGUGCUCUUCUUAUUGGCUUUGGCGGGUCAGGACGACAGUCUUUGACAAAAUUGGCCACUAAUAUGGUGCAAACUUCCUUCUUUCAGCCAGAAAUCACAAAAAAUUAUGGUGCUAAUGAUUGGCAUGACGAUUUGAAAAACGUAUUAAAAGAAGCCGGUGGAUUGGACAAGCACACGGUGUUUUUAAUGACCGAGAAUCAAAUAAAAAUGGAAUUAUUUUUACAGGAUAUAGACUGCUUACUUAAUCAGGGCGAAGUACCCAACAUCUAUGCCAUUGAUGAGAAGCAGGAGGUCUUGGAAAUGGUGCGUUUAGCUGCUCAGGGAGGCAAUCGUAAUAUUGAUAUAUCACCCUUGCAAGUCUUUUCAUUUUUUGUCAACCGAUGUAAAAAGAAACUGCACAUUGUUUUGUGCCUGUCUCCCAUAGGAGAUGCUCUGAGAACACGGGUACGUUUAUAUCCUUCUCUAGUGAAUUGUUGCACUAUUGAUUGGUAUCAAAGUUGGCCCGAAGAGGCUUUGCAAAUGGUUGCAAAAAUAUCAUUGGAAAAUGUUAAUGUUCCCUCCGAGGAAAUAAAGCAAGCCAUAGUGGAAACAACCCAAUAUUUUCACACCACUGCUGCUUCAGUAUGUGCGGAAUUCUGUUUAGCGACCGGCCGCUAUAUAUAUUUAACAAAUGCUUCCUUUUUGGAAUUAAUUCAAUCUUUUCAAAAGGUAAUUGGUCGCAAGCAACAGGAUGUAAUGGACGCAAAGAUGCGAUAUAUAGGGGGUUUAGAUACUUUGGCUUCUGCAGCUGCCGCUAUUUCCAUAAUGCAAAAAGAAUUGAAUGAUUUGCAACCAAAGCUCUUGUCUAUGGCGGAAAAUUCACGCAAGAUGUUGCUGGAAAUCAAUACAGAAACUGUGGCUGCACAGGCAGCUGCCGAACAAGUGAAAAAAGAUGAAAUAGUGGCGGGUAUACAAGCGGAGGCGGCACAAGAAUUAAAAAGUGAAUGUGAAAAAGAUUUGGCCCAGGCAAUUCCCGUGCUGGAAGAAGCUUUGCAGGCUCUUAACACUCUCAAACCGGCCGAUAUUACUCUGGUUAAGUCUAUGAAAAAUCCUCCCUCGGUAAUUAAGCUAGUAAUGGCUGCUGUUUGUGUCAUCAAGGGUAUACCACCGGACCGUAUAGCGGAUCCAGCUACUGGAAAAAUGGUUAACGAUUAUUGGGGUCCCAGUAAACGAAUAUUGGGAGAUUUGAAUUUCUUGCAGGCUCUCAAAGAUUUCGACAAAGACAAUAUAAAUCCCGAAAUAAUGAAAAAGAUACGCAAAGAUUUCAUACCUCACAAAGAUUUUAAUCCGAAAAUUGUAGCCAAAGCAUCGAGUGCGGCCAAAGGUUUAUGUCAAUGGAUUAUAGCCAUGGAUCUAUAUGACAAUGUCGCGAAAAUUGUCGCUCCAAAAAAGGCCAAGUUAAUAGCAGCGGAAAAGGAGUAUGCCGAUACCAUGACUUUCUUAAAUGAAAAGCGAGAAUUGACAGCUGCCUUGGAAGCUAAGGUGGCCAAACUUAAUGAGGAUUUAGACAAGGCCAAUCAGGAAAUGAGAAGAACGCAAGAUGAGGCCGAUCUUUGUGAAAAUAAACUCAGUCGGGCUAAAUCAUUGAUAGAUGGUUUGGGUGGAGAAAAAUACAGAUGGACAAAGGCAGCUGAAGAUUUGCAAAGUCUUUAUGAUCAUUUGCCGGGAGAUAUUCUUCUCUCGUGUGGCGUGAUAGCCUACCUUUCAGCCGUCAACUACAAAUAUCGCUCCAUGUGUGUGGAGGACUGGUAUCAGAAGUGCGUAAAACACAAAAUACCACUAUCUGACAAUUAUAGUAUUACGACAGCCUUGGGUUUGGACAUCACCAUACAAAAUUGGAAUAUCAAUGGUUUACCCAACGAUGUGUUUUCCACUGAAAAUGCUAUUAUAUCAGCCAACUCAAGUCGCUAUAGUCUGUUCAUAGAUCCUCAGGGUCAGGCCAACAACUGGAUUAAAAAUACCGAACGUAAGAAUCGUCUAAGCGCGGUUAAAUUUAAUCAAGCUAAUUACAUGAAAAUCAUAGCCGAAUCCAUGGAAUAUGGUUAUCCAGUUAUAAUAGAGAACGUCCUGGAGGAACUAGAGGUACCUUUGGAUCCCAUACUGCUGCAUAAUACAUUUACGCAGGGAGGUCACCAGUUUAUAAGCCUGGGCGAUAACAUUGUGCAGCUACAUAAAAACUUUCGCUUGUACAUGACAUGUAACUUAAGAAAUCCCCACUUUCUACCAGAAACAUUCAACAAGGUGACGAUUAUAAAUUUUGCUCUAACUCAAAGUGCUCUAGAGGAUCAGCUGCUUAGUAUAGUAGUGGCCAAGGAGAGACCUGAUUUACAAGAACUUCGUAUGAAUUUAACGGAUGAAGCGGCCAAAAAUAAGGCAGCCCUAGUAGAUGCCGAAAAUAUGAUAUUGAAAACAUUAACCUGCUCCGAAGGUGAUAUUUUGGAAAAUGAAGAAGCCAUUCAAAUUUUGGCCGAGUCAAAAACUUUGUCAAUAGACAUAGUGGCGAAACAGGAAGCCUCCAAAGAAACAUCCGCUAAAAUAGAAGCCUUUAGACUAAAUUACAAGCCGGUGGCCAUACAUUCCUCUAUACUCUACUAUUCUAUAACUGAUUUACCCAACAUAGAUCCCAUGUACCAAUUUUCACUAAACUGGUACAUAAACUUGUACAUGUAUUCCAUAGAGACUGCCAAUAAAUCCAAAGAAUUGCCCAGACGUAUAAAGUUUCUAGUCGAUGCAGUGACAAAGAAUCUUUACAACAACGUUUGCAAAUCAAUAUUUGAUAAAGAUAAAUUGCUAUUCUCCUUUAUAUUAUGUUGUCGCAUCUUGUUGGGCAAUAAUCAAAUAGAGAUACGUCACAUGGUGCAUUUGUUAACGGCAGCCAAGGAAUCUGGUCAUGGUCCUAACAAUCCAGACCCUUCCUGGAUAACAGAUACGAUUUGGGCUAAUAUUUUACGUUUAGAAGAAUUGCCGGAAUUGCAGGGCAUUGUGAAAUUCUUUCAAUCUAAUCUUGGUGCCUGGAAGAAAAUCUAUGAUCAUUCAGAACCCGAAUUACAGCCUCUUCCAGAACCUUGGCACAAUAAGACUACACGAUUUGAGAAAAUGAUUAUUUUAAAGUCAUUACGUCCCGAUAAAGUAUUUCUGGCCAUACGUCAAUUUAUAGCGGCUGAAAUGGGUCCACAAUUUGUUACUCCUCCCGACUUUGAUAUAAGCAAAUCAUUUAUGGAGUCGACGGCUUUAACUCCCUUAAUUUUCAUACUUUCUCCGGGAGCAGAUCCUUUAGGAUCCCUUUUAUCAUUUGCUGAGAAGACUGGCUACGACGAGACUUUCCAAAGUAUUUCAUUGGGUCAAGGACAGGGACCAAUAGCUCAGAAUCUCAUAAAAGUUGCUCAGGAAUUUGGCUAUUGGGUGUGUUUACAAAAUUGCCAUUUGGCAGCAUCGUGGAUGUCUAAACUGGAAUUUAUAUGGGAAAAUAUGGAUACAUUUAAUACAUCACCUGGCUUUCGUUUAUGGCUAACUAGCUAUCCCACACCACAAUUUCCCGUUGCCUUACUACAAAAUGGUGUCAAGAUGACUAAUGAGCCACCCACCGGCUUAAAAGAAAAUAUUAUGCGUUCGUAUAAUUCCGAACCAAUAAACGAUCAAUCCUUUUACACGGGUGUUGCGAAACAGGAUCGUGCUUUUACUCGGCUACUCUUCGGAAUAUGUUUCUUUCAUGCAGUGGUCCAAGAACGACGCAAAUACGGACCUUUGGGUUGGAAUAUUGCCUACGGAUUUAAUGAAUCCGAUUUGCAAAUAUCCGUCUUGCAAUUGAGUAUGUUACUAAAUCAAUACGAACAUGUACCAUAUGAUGCCAUAUCCUACUUAACAGCAGAGUGUAAUUAUGGUGGUCGCGUUACCGACACCUGGGAUCGUCGUGCUAUUGUUACAAUUCUGGCCGAUUAUGUUAAUUCCGAGGUAGUGUCCAACAAUCGUUAUAAAUUUGCUAUAGAAGAUAGAUUUAUAGUGCCUCGUAAAUCCGAACAUCGUGAGAUUUUACGUUAUGUUGAUGAAAACUAUCCCAGUUUGGCGGCACCCGAUGUGUACGGCCUUCAUGCGAAUUCGGGUAUAACACGAGAUUUACAAACUACCAAAACUUUAUUGGAUUCAAUGAUCUUAAUAUUGGGAAGUGAAGUUACUUCCGGCGGCGGUAUGGGCCAAAGUGCCGAUCAAUUGUUGUUGGAUACCGUUAAACAGAUUGUUGCCGAGAUGCCGGAAAACAUGGACAUUGAAGCAGCCAAAAAGAAGUAUCCCGUAGACUAUAGCGAAUCUAUGAAUACGGUGAUUACUCAGGAAAUGGAACGUUUCCUCAACUUACAGCUCGAAAUACGAGCUUCGUGCCGAGACGUUGAGAAUGCCAUUCAUGGUAUUAUUGUAAUGACACCCGAAUUGGAAGGUAUUAUAACGGCUAUAAAAUUAAAUCGAAUACCAGCGAAAUGGAUGAAAAAGUCGUAUCCUAGCUUAAAGCCUUUAGCUUCUUAUAUUCAGGAUUUAUUUAAGAGAAUCAACUGGUUGCAUCAUUGGCAUCAUCAUAGCAAACCGCCAACGUUUUGGAUAUCGGGUUUUUUCUUCACACAAGCCUUCUUGACGGGAGCCAUGCAAAACUUUGCAAGAAAAUAUAAAAUACCAAUUGAUACUCUGACAUUUGAUCAUAAAGUCCUUCAUGAGUCUUACAAAGACAAAGCUCCCGAAGAUGGCGUAUACAUAAACGGUUUAUUUUUGGAGGGAGCACGUUGGAAUUGGGAACAAAAUAUUUUGGACGAACAAUUACCCAAGGUCUUGAUAUACAUAAUGCCAGCCAUUUAUCUCAAACCGACGACAAUUAGUGAAUUACAAGAAGGUAACCGCUACAAAAGUCCAUUAUACAAGACGGCCGAACGUAAGGGCACCCUUUCGACAACUGGGCACUCUACAAAUUAUGUUAUACCCUUAUUAUUGAACACUAAAGUCAAGGCAUCGCAUUGGGUUAAACGUAGCGUGGCCUUGAUUUGCCAGACAAAUGAUUAAAUAAAAUGCAAAAUCGCCAGUCGCAAUUCAAAAUUUAAUAUUUUUGUUGACUAAUCUUUCCUUAUUUUGAGAGUUGGAAGGUUUUGUAAUACAUGCAAUAUUUUUAAGGAAUAAUCAAAUGGACACUAAACUAAAUAUCAUUUAACAUGA